GUUCCCCCUCGCAUGGCUGGCCAUCAUAAACACAAUCCGACGAACGGGCCGAUCAGGUAUUGGAGUUUCACAGAACAGAAGCUAGUAUGAAUUGGUUGUUUAUUCUUGGACGAUCUGCACCCAUGCUUGAUGAUUCAUACUUGCUUCUUGGCCGAUUGGCCUUGCUGUGACUCAGCUCUAGGACAAAACGGCAUAUUUGCAUGUACAUUGACGGGCUAAGUAAUCUAUUCAAAAACUUUUUUUUCUUUUGGCGCGGAUAUUUCAUAGCGAUUUAAAAGGGGCACACACCGUCAGAACCGUUAGCCCUUGUCAGAUCUCAGAGACAUGGAGACAAGCGUGUCGGUGAUGCUCGAUCAACUACACGAAUUCCUUACAACGCCGGCCGACGGCUCCCGAGUCGUCAUGAUGUGUGGCAUAGCAGGCGCUGGCAAGUCAACGCUGGCCAAGGCUAUAACCAAGCAAUAUCCAGGCUUUCACAGGCUGUCUAUUGACCAGCUCGUCUUCGAAGCACGAGGCAUCUGCGGCGUCGACUACCCCAGACGCGAAUACCAAGCUCUGCUGGACGACGCCGAGGCUCUUCUCGAGGAAAAGUUCGUCGAGCUGCUCAAGCAGAAAGAGGACGUUGUGCUAGAUCGAUCAUUUUGGGCUCGCAAAGAUCGCGAAAGGUGCUACGAGCUGCUGAGGCGGCAUGGAGCAGGUGGCCGUCAUCAGCUCGUGUAUCUGCAGGCCCGAAAAGAGUUCUUGUGGCAGCGAAUCCAGACGAGAGCAAAGGAAGCGAAGGGUGCGGACAACGCGCUGGACAUCUCCGAGAGACUUCUUGACAGGUACUGCUCUGGCUUCGAGGCGCCGACGCCAGAUGAGAACCCGAUGAUCGUAGAGACGGAAACGUCAAAGUUCCAAUUUGAGCGUGACUGAGCAUCGGCCGGAGCGUGGUGCUCUGGCUUGAGGCGGUGUUCAAACAGAACCGAGUUCGAGCGGAGCCAUCGGUUCGUUCUUUCAGCUACAGCAAUUUUUCUUUCCUGCAAAUUAACUUGCUUCUCUUCGGACGCUCUCACAGCUGG